AUGAAUUUAAAUGGAAACCUUCGUAAAGGACAAUGCCAACCAGCUUUGCUUAUAAUGCAAAAUGUAGGAAACAUUACCCCAGAGCGAAAUACACCUCAAACUGAAAACGUUACUCCAGAGCAAAAUCCGCCAUCAACUCCUGAAGGUGAUCUCAUAUCGUUCGAUGAAAACCCACCAACACUUCAGCUGAGAGAGGCAAGUGCGCCGGCAGUCGACCCGGAGAUAGGAUCUAGUACAAAGCGAAACAAAACUAUCCUGAUCUAUAAAAAUAUACCAAAUGUAAUCGAGUUUUAUGAUAAAAAAAGAAAAUGGUAUGGAGUUAAAGAAGAUUUUUGUACAUUAUCUAACAAAUAUUAUUUUAUUAAAGCAGAUAAUAGUGAAACCAUUGAAGAAGCAUAUAAAAGAAUUAACGAAGAAUCAGAAGCUAUAGCAGAAAAAACAAAUGGACUGGUCGAUAUGUGGAAAUCUGGAAGUUAUACUUUGACAAGUUUAAAACUUUUUCGAGAAACAACUUUAGCACUGAACAGAAGAGGAAAAAUCGACGAGAAAGAAAAUGCAUGGUUAAAUUUAGCAACAACUGGUGCUUUAGUAUUUGCAGAGAAAUAUGAAGAAGCUAUUCAAUAUGACGUAAAUUUGAUGUAUAUAUAUGAAAUGUUAAAGAAAGAAGCAUCAUGGCCAAUUACUACAGGUAAGUUUCAUACUAUAGACGUAUCUUUAGUGGAAAAAUGGAAUAAAUUUCCAUAUGGAAUUUUUAAAGCAACAAUAGAAGGAAAACCUCCGAAGAAAAGCUUGCAAUGCACUAGAUAUUUACGAUAUAAUCCACAUGGAAUUUAUACACAUUUUGAUUUAGAGUGUGCCAAAAGAAAUGGUUUAAAAGUAUAUUUAUUAGAUGAAUCACCAAAUGCACUUAUAUACGAAAAAAAUACCUGUGUUAGUGGAAGUGAUAUGUUCGGUAAAUGGGGAAAUAUAUUAUACAAAAUUAAAAAAGAAGGCGGAACAGCUGGAAAA